UCAAGAUGGUUACCAAGCACACACGAAAAAUAACUUUUCUUCCUAGUCUGCAGCAGCUGCUCGCACGUGAACGUUGUCCUGGAGAUGUUAACAAACCCAGAAGGACUGAAUGAUGACCCGGAUGAGGGGUUCGAGGCCUUCGUGGCGCUGCAGGGUGGGGCCCUGCAGUCCUCAGGGGUCCCUCAGGUCUAUUGGAGGAGCCUCUAUCACAAGAUCACCAACGAGGUCUACGAUGCCGGCGAGGUGUUUGGAAUAAUUCAGCUCCAGCAGGAGGAAGAUGGGGAAAAUGGGGAGAGGAAAAAAGGCAAUUAUGGAGUGGUGAUUGGGUGUAAAGUGGUUGUUACUCGGGAAAGUGGGCUGGAAGUCUCCGAUCCAACCAGCAUCUUUCUGGUUGACCAUGCUUGGACGUACCGGGUGGAGCACGCCCGGCAGCAGCUGGAGCAGAUUCCGGGACUGCUGCCCAGGAUGGCCUCCCUCAUGGGGGUGGACUUCCACGGCGAGGACCCUCCUCCAGACGUAGUGGAGUUGAUAUUGGAGCGCAUGUGGAAAUACAACCAGACCUACCAGCUGUCCCAGGGGGCAAGUCUGAGAACGGCUUCACACUACAUCUCCCUCUCUGUCAGCAUGUGUUUCAGCCCCCUUCUCUGCUGUGUGUGUGUGUGGGUGUGUGUGUGUGUGCAGUCAGCAGAAGAAAAAGUUCCUGUGUGGUACAUCAUGGAUGAGUUUGGCUCCCAGGUGCAGCACUUGGACCAUCCCAGCUGCUGCAUGGCCCCCUUCUUCUACAUGCAGGGUCAGCUGGCCUACACUCUGCUCUGGCCUCUGCAAGAUCUGCAAGAAGGUGAUGAAGUAACCCGCGAUUAUGCAUAUGGGGAGACCAACCCGUUGCUACGGAGAUGCCGGUUGUUACCGUGGAUACAUGAUGAUCUGGAAGGAGUGAGCAGUGCCGUCACAGAACCAGCAGAUUCUUACUAUGAGGUGAGGACAAUCACUUUGGACACUUAAUCAAAGGACAAACUU